AGCUCUACUACCUGAUCGCCCGGUUCCUGCAGUCCGGACCCUGCAGGAAAUCCGCCCAGGUGCUGGUGGAGGAGCUGGAGGCGCACCAGCUGAUCCCCCGCCGCCUGGACUGGCAGGGCAAGGAGCACCGGAGGAGCUUCGAGGAUCUGGUGAGUGAAGUUUCGCUCCAACUUCCCCGUAAGUUCCCCCGCCCGGCUGCCGCUCCCCACCGUGGGGUGAGCGCUGAGCCCCGGGGUGGGGCGGGGGGCGGCCGCCUCGCCGGUCACUGGGGGUGUGGGGGGAGUUACUGCCCCCGGCGCGUGUGUGCGGGAGGCUGCGAGCGAGGUGCCUGUUGUGGAGGGUUAUCUGAGGGCACGAGAAAGAGCUGGGGGGAACCUGGCGAAUGGCAUAACGCUUAACAAGUUGUAGUUCCGUGUUUGGGAAUGGAAGCUGCCUUCUGAUUGGCUGCAACUCCAAAAUACGGGAACUGAGGACAGGGCCAGUGUUUCUACGUGUGGGGGCGGGGAGGACACCAUGGCCCUGGCACAGUGGGAGGCUGCGGGGCAGCUAGGGGGACAGCUGGAGCCCAAGGGUCACUUACUGCGGCUGAGUAAUAACCCUGUGAGCUGUGGACCCCUCACCGUUAAUGGUGACAAUACCAGCAGCACUUCUUUGGCCUUCUAGGACUUCAAAGCACUGACACACACUGUCACCUUUAAAUGGGGUCUAAAUAAACCUUUUACUAAACCUACCAACUACAGUGAUAUUUCCACUUUUAAAAACAAUUCAAUAUAAAUAGUCCCCCCCCCCAUUAAAAACAACAAGUAAACAUUCCCCUGCAGUGCUGGAAACCCAGCCAUCACUGCCAACACUAAGAACUUGUAUGUGAAACCAUCAAUCAACAAAUGAAACACUGCAUUGAUUGCUCUUGUCCUAGAUGAGAGGAAAUGCCAAAUGUAAACAAAAUAUAGUAACAAGAAAAUAGAUUAUUAGAACUGAAAGAACUUCCCUGAAAUCCAAUGUUACUGGUAAGGUAAAGAGAGUUGACAACAUAAGAUACUGCAAUAACUUUUUAACAUCCUCAGAACGUCCCCUGUGAAGUAAGACACAAGCACCUGCCAUUUGCAAGAGGGAAACUAAAAGGCAGGUUAAUUGUUUAAGUGACACACAGGAAGUCACUGGACAAAGACAGUAUUAUGAUUCAAGGGUUCCUGGCUCCUGGCCUAUGUUCAAUCCAUCACACCACACUGAUGUAAUUGACUGCCUUAUUUAAACAAUAAAUCCUGCACAAGCUCACUUAAAUGUUUCAGGAAUGUGUAGUAAAAAAUAUGAAAUGUUUCAUAUUAUAGUUAGCAAAUCCAGAGAUUCCAUGUGCAGAGACACAAGGCAAUCAGAGAGAGUGACUCGUUUCUCGAGAUGUUGGCUCCCCUCUGCAGUGAAGCAACAUAUGGCCUUUAGGCCCCUGGAGACUUUGUGGGCCUGAUCUUCAGAGGGGGUGGCACCUGAAGCCCCUGUUGACUGCAGAUGAAGUACUUGGGCUUUAGGCACCUGGAGACACUCGCGGGGAUCUGCAGUUCUUGCUGACAGUAUAUGAAGUUGUGGUGGUUCUGUAUGGAAACAGCAAAGACUGGAAGAAAUGAGUUGGUUUUCAUUGUCUUUGGAGGGUACAAAUCACCCCCCGGCUCCGCGCUUUUAAAGUUACCGGGAGUUGCAUACAAUAAAGCUUGGCACCAAUAUAGGACUUUGCAGUUCAGAAUGACGUUAAAUCAUUCUUAUUAAUUUUCACAACACCCAUAUUUUGCACGCAUAUGAUCUUGACUUGCCCUGCCUGUCUAUCAGAAACUGAAGAUAAGCACCUGUUUCCCUUCCACCUAACAAAUUAUAAUGAUUGUGUGGAAGGGUGACAUGGUAUUGCUCAAACUUUACUACAUUGUUAUUGACUGAAUAAUAAGUUUUUCAUGUGGCAGUGUCCCCUGGAACAGUAACUUUGAAGUUAAACUAAAAAAUGGGAAGUCCACCUUACAGAGGGGACUUGCGGCAUCCAUACCUUGUGAUUUUUCUUUUCUCUAAGCUAUGGAGAGUUGAAGGAGAAUAUCAUGCUCCAUCUAACCUCUGUCAGAUGGUAGCCCGGCCUGAUAUUUAAACUGAAAGAAAGGGAAGGGAGUAAGUACUGUGGUGAAUAAAACUUCAGUGCAAUAUUUUUUUUUUCCUAGGGAACCAAAUAUCUAGCUGCUAGGUUAUUUCAUGUUUGCUCUGCGAUUAUAUCUGUCACCUGAGAUGAACGCCAACAGUAGGGGAGACUGAAUCUGAUUUCAGGCAUAUAUGGCAUUUGCUUCAACAGAAACAUUAAUCUUUGCAUUUUUGUUCUUUAUAUUAUUAAAUCCAUCCACACUUUCUGGAGCACAUUGGGGCACCUCUGGAUUAUUUUGUUUGUUUAUCUAAUGGCAUUUUUUGAGGCCACAUAAAAUUAUUUAAAACUUUAACCUUGUACCAGUAAAAUGAAAACAAUAAAAAUCAGGUGGGGGAAAAAAAGCUGAGGAAAAAAUAAGGUUUUCGAAUUGUUUGGAAGUGGUUGUGAUUUCUAUAUUUUAAUAGAUAAUUAAAAGGUUUUGCUUUCUGACUUUAAAACAGGCAGGAAAUUUCCCUCAUUUGCUUUUUGUGUUAAUAUUACGUAACUAGUUAAGGUGGGUUACAGUAGAGUAAAGGAGUAUAAAUUAAAUAUUGUGUGUUUGUAGCUCUCUGUUAUGUCUGCCUUCAUGUUGUUCAUUUUCUUUCCUGCUAGCCUUUUCUAUCAGUUCCCAGAAUAAAGCUUUAUCUCACCUGAGGAUGUUGGAGGAAUGGCUUUUCUCCAGCCAUCAUCAUUCAGGGUUUGAUAUACUUGAUGUCUGGAUUCUUGAAUGUGGCAGCCAAUACACACAUCCCUCCAGACUAUCUUCUGAAAAUCUGUGAGAGAAUUGGACCCCUCUUAGACAAAGAGAUCCCACAGAGUGUUCUUGGAGUGCAGACUUUACUAGGUGUAGGACGGCAGUCUUUGCUAAGGGCAGCAAAAGACUGCAGGCAUACGCUAUGGAAGGGAUCUGCAUUUGCAGCUCUUCACAGAGGCCGACCUCCCGAACUACCUGUAAAUUAUGGGAAGCCACCAAAUGUGGUAAAUAUAAUUUCUGCCAAGCAAUUAACUGGAUAUGGACGCUUCAACCAUUUGUUCCCAUCAUCCAACUAUCAACAUAUGAAGAUGCACAAGAGGAUUCUGGGGCACUUAUCAUCUGUAUAUUGUGUAGCAUUUGACCGCAGUGGGAGACGAAUUUUCACAGGCUCAGAUGAUUGUUUGGUGAAAAUUUGGGCUACAGAUGACGGUCGUCUGCUCUCAACGUUGCGAGGACACUCAGCUGAAAUUUCUGACAUGGCUGUUAACUAUGAAAACACAUUGCUGGCUGCAGGCAGCUGUGAUAAGGUAGUCAGAGUAUGGUGUCUUCGAACCUGUGCACCAGUUGCAGUGCUGCAGGGCCAUUCAGCUUCCAUUACGUCCAUACAGUUUUCUCCAGCAAGAAAAGGAAUAACCCGAUACCUCACUUCUACUGGUGCUGAUGGAGCAAUCUGUUUCUGGCAGUGGCAUGCCAAUACAAUUAAAUUUAAGGAUCGCCCUGUGAAAUUUGCUGAGAGAUCCAGGCCUGGGGUUCAGAUAUCUUGUUCAUCUUUCAGCUCCGGUGGCAUGUUCAUUGCAACAGGUAGCACUGACCAUGUGAUAAGAAUAUAUUAUUUGGGCUUGGAAUCGCCAGAGAAAAUUGCUGAGUUAGAGUCCCAUACGGACAAAGUAGUUGCAGUUCAGUUCUGUAACAAUGGUGACAGUUUAAGAUUUGUCAGUGGGAGCAGAGAUGGAACAGCAAGAAUAUGGCAAUACCAGCAGCAGGAAUGGAAGAGUAUAGUCCUGGAUAUGGCUACUAAAAUGACAGGUAACAACUUGGUAUCUGGGGAGGACAAAGUAACUAAAUUGAAGGUUACUAUGGUGGCUUGGGAUCGAUAUGAUACCACUGUCAUCACUGCGGUCAACAACUUCCUUUUGAAAGUAUGGAACUCGACCACGGGACAGCUUCUUCAUAGUUUAUCUGGCCAUGAUGAUGAAGUUUUUGUUUUGGAAGCACAUCCAUUUGACCAAAGGAUCAUGCUUUCUGCAGGUCAUGAUGGGAACAUUUUUGUUUGGGACCUUGAUAAAGGAACAAAAAUUCGCAAUUACUUUAACAUGAUUGAAGGCCAGGGCCAUGGUGCUGUUUUUGAUUGCAAAUUCUCGCCAGAUGGACAGCAUUUUGCCUGCACAGACUCACAUGGGCAUCUGCUAUUAUUUGGUUUUGGAUGCAAUAAAUAUUAUGAAAAGAUUCCAGAUCAGAUGUUCUUCCAUACGGAUUAUCGACCACUGAUCCGUGAUGCUAAUAACUAUGUGCUGGAUGAACAGACCCAACAGGCUCCACAUCUCAUGCCUCCCCCAUUCCUCGUGGAUGUGGAUGGAAAUCCACAUCCCACAAGAUACCAACGUCUUGUACCGGGACGUGAAAAUUGUAAGGAUGAACAACUUAUUCCUCAACUGGGAUAUGUGGCUAAUGGUGACGGUGAAGUGAUUGAACAGGUGAUUGGGCAGCAAACCAAUGACCAGGAUGAGAGUAUUCUGGAUGGAAUGAUUAGGGAGCUGCAGAGAGAACAAGAUCUGAGGCGAAUGAAUGACGGAGAAGCUAUCCCAAACCCUCCAUACAGUAGAUCACACUCUAUUAAUGGUGUUCUUAGAAGUCCAGGUUUGGACUCCCCACCAAACGUUGGUCUCAGACGUAGCGGUCAGAUUGAGGGGGUCCGGCAAAUGCAUCUCAAUGCUCCUCGCAGUCAGAUGGCCACAGAGAGAGAUCUCAUGGCCUGGAGCAGAAGAGUAGUGGUGAAUGAGCUGCAUCCAGGGGUUAGCAGGGUUCAGGAAGAAUGCCGAGCUGUCAAAGGUGAUAUGGAAGUUAAUCUUUACACUGUUGAAAAGAAGAGAAAACCAUCCCACACCUUGCAAAGGAGCGAUUAUCAACCUGGGAGUGGACGAUCUUUGAGAAGAAACCAACGCAAACGCCAGCAUGCCUACCAAACACGCUCCACCAUUGAACACAAUCAGCAGGGAGCAAGUCAAAAUGCACGUACAAAGGAAGAAUCUGAAAGCUCCUCUGAGGAAGAUGAAACAGUUGGCACAAGUGAUGCCUCUGUGGACGAUGCUGUAGCUGUGUGGCAAAGUGAAAGCAGUUCCAGUGAUUCUUCAAGCGAAUAUUCUGACUGGACAGCAGAUGCUGGAAUUAAUCUCCAGCCUCCAAAGAGACAAACCAGACAGGCGACUCGGAAGAUCUGUAGCAGCUCUGAAGAUGAAAACAUGAAGGAAGCUAAAGGGUUGGAAGAGAAACGAAGGAAACCCAAACAGACUAGAAAAAAGAAACCAAGUGGAUUACUUUCGAUGGAAGGUGAACCCAGUGAAGAAUGGUUUGCACCCCAGUGGAUCUUGGAUACCAUACCACGUCGUUCACCCUUUGUCCCACAAAUGGGAGACGAGAUUAUAUAUUUUAGGCAAGGCCAUGAGGCUUAUGUGCGGGCAGUAAGGAAGGCAAAAAUUUACAAUGUUAACAUGCAAAAACAACCAUGGAACAAAAUGGAACUCAGGGAACAAGAACUUGUGAAGACUGUAGGAAUUAAAUAUGAAGUCGGACCUCCUACACUCUGCUGCUUGAAGCUUGCAUUUCUAGAUCCAAUCUCAGGCAAAAUGACAGGAGACUCUUUUUCCAUUAAGUAUCAUGAUAUGCCAGAUGUUAUUGAUUUCCUUGUGCUGCAUCAGUUUUAUAAUGAAGCCAAAGAAAGGAACUGGCAGAUUGGGGAUAGGUUUCGCAGUAUAAUAGAUGAUGCUUGGUGGUUUGGAAUGGUGGAGAGUCAGCAGCCUUUCCAGGCAGAAUAUCCUGAUAGUUCCUUCCAGUGCUACAGUGUUCACUGGGACAACAAUGAAAGAGAAAAGAUGAGUCCAUGGGACAUGGAACCAGUUCCAGAAGGAACUGCUUAUCCAGACGAGGUUGGUGCUGGAGUUCCCGUGUCCCCAGAGGAACUGACAUCUCUGCUGUAUAAACCCCAAGAAGGAGAAUGGGGGGCCCAUUCCAGAGAUGAAGAAUGUGAACGAGUUAUUAGGGGGAUUGAUUAUCUUCUGACCCUUGAUAUUUCUAACCCCUUUGCUGUUCCAGUGGACCUUAGUGCCUAUCCCAUGUAUUGCACUGUAGUUGCUUACCCAACUGACCUCACCACAAUCAGGAGGAGACUUGAAAACAGAUUUUAUAGGAGAAUCUCAGCAUUGAUGUGGGAGGUUCGAUACAUCGAGCAUAAUGCUAGGACUUUCAAUGAGCCAGACAGUCCUAUAGUUAAAGCAGCCAAAAUUGUAACGGAUGUCUUACUUCACUAUAUUGGGGAUCAGAGUUGUACUGAUAUAUUGGAUAUAUAUAAUAAAGUGAAAGCAGAAGAUCUAAGCAGUACUGAUGAAGAGGAGGAGGUGGCAGAAGUAGAUGUAGAGUCAGAUGGGCCUGGAACUUCAUCUGGGAAAAGAAGAGUAAGACGACCAAUAAAAAGGCAGCCCUUCAAAGCAAGCCCUGAUGCUUGGAAAGAACAGUGCAAGCAGUUGUUAAGCCUAAUAUAUGAACGUGAGGACUCCGAGCCUUUUAGACAACCAGUUGAUCUCUUCUCCUAUCCUGACUAUCGAGAUAUUGUAGACACUCCAAUGGAUUUCAGCACUGUGAAAGAAACUUUGGAAGCAGGAAAUUACACCAAUCCUCUGGAAUUUUACAAGGAUGUUCGCUUAAUAUUCUGCAACUCUAAAGCUUACACACCUAAUAAAAAGUCACGGAUCUAUAGCAUGACGCUUAGACUGUCUGCCUUAUUUGAAAAUCAUAUUAAAAACAUCAUCUCUGAAUACAAGUUGGCCAUGCAGUGUCAGAAGAGGAAUAGGCCACGAUACCGAAAACGACUAAGGAGCAGUAGUAGUUCACCAUCUAGUAGCAGAGCAUCUAGCCCUAAAGGGAAACAGAAACAAGUGAAGGUGCAACCUAAAAUCAACCAGAAUACCUCACUGCCUUUGACUAGGACUAGCUCUUCAGUUUCAUCUCAUGUUUCAGAUACUACAGAGGAGGCUCUAGGUUCAGCUAUUGGUGAAGAAACGGAGGGCCAACCAUCCUCAUCUGGGUUAAAUACACAGAACCGAAGUGGAAAUAACAUUGAUCCAGGGAAAAAUAGACUAGUCAGGAGUAAAUCCACACCCGUUAAACAAGAUCAGUCUCUUGAUGGACCACUUACAAAUGGUGAUAGCAGAGAGCCUCGGAUAGCAGUCAAGAGAAAGUUAGUAAGUGCCUCAGAAGAGGAGGAACACCUAGAGGAAGAGGAGAAGAAGAGAGAAUUAAAAGAAAAACCUGGUUUAUCGUCAUCAGAAAGUGGGGAGUCAGGAUCCAGUUCAAGCUCUGAAAGCAGAUGUGGUUCUGAUUCAGAUUCUGAAUCGACCUCUAGAACAGAUCAGGAUUACAUUGAUGGAGAUCAUGACUACAGUAAAGUUGUGCAAACUAAACCCAAAAGAAAAAUUAAAAGGAAAAUUGCUAGUGGGAAAAGAAACUGGCAGGGUAGAGGGACAGGGAGGAGAGGUAGAUGGGGCAGAUGGGGUAGAUGGAGCAGAGGGGGAAGAGGUGGCAGAGGAGGAAGAGGAGGCUGCGGCAGAGGAAGAAGAGGAGGCAGGGGAGGAAGAAGAGGCAGAGGAGGUAGAGGAGCUUCACGAGGAGCAACCAGAGCCAAACGUGCACGAAUGGCAGAUGAUGAAUUUGAGAAUCUGUUUGGCGGCCGAUUUGGCGAAAAUAUGUUUGGAGGACGAUUCAGUAGGCCACCACGAAUUAAAACAAGGAACGAGGGCAGGAGAACUGUUUUAUAUAAUGACGAUUCAGAUAACGACAACUUUGUGCACACCGAGGAUCCUCUGAAUCUUGGUACUUCCAGAUCGGGCAGGGUGCGGAAAAUGACAGAAAAAGCCAGGGUCAGCCAUCUCAUGGGAUGGAAUUAUUGACAGAUAAACAUCUUUGAAAAAUUUCAAAUGAACUUCAAAGGCCUUCUACUGCAGGGAUUUUACCAGAAAAUCUACCAAGCAAGUUGUGGGGGGACUCCACUCACUUUCUACAGUGGUGCUUUUCCAUUAUGCCAGUAUACAUUUGUUUUAAGACUUCAGAUUGCCACACUUCAUUGGUCAAAAAAAGCCUUACUUAUUAGGCCUUAAAUUACAGAAAUUCUUCCCCACGCACUACAAGUUCAUUUUGUUUCAAGGAGCUUCCAGCUUCUCAAUAAUAGCAUGACAUUUUGAAUCAUGAUUAUGAAAUCUCUCCCUUGUUUUGUUUUUUUGUAUUAUAGAAAUAGCACCUUCUUACAGAGUUUUUAUAUGGUUUGUCAUAAAUCCUUAUACACAGUAAUAAUUAUAACUUUUGCACAAUACACCAAUCCUAAAGGCAGCUAUAAAAUGUUUACCAUUUCUAUAUUGUAAGAAGGAUCUGGAUUAUUUUAAUCUUCCCAGGCCAAACUUCAUGAAUUGUGCUGAAUUGAAGUAUAUUUAUACUACAGUUUAGGAGGGUUUGAAAUGCUUUCUGUUGGUUCGUAAUUCAUGUAAAAAGUGAGAAAAGGGUUGGUGCCUUGUAAAUAUGUAGCAAACCUUUGAUGUGGUGUGUCCUAAUGUGUGCAUUAACUUUAUUAAAAAGAGAAUACUUGAGAAGUAUGAAUAUCUAGACAGAAGGUGCCAAAUGCAAAAGUUACUUGCAUCUAUUUUCUUUUUGUCCUCUCAUAUUUUUAUAGCAUUAAUAGAGAUUGUGCUGCAAAGGGUUAAUUUCAACAUUUGAAAGGUUUCUCCUCUUCAAAGCAUUACAUGUCUUAAUAGUAGCUCAGCUACCUCUGUUUACAACUACUGGAAACUUAAAAGAAAAUAGAGGUUAUUCUGCAGUGCUUAUUGAAGAAGAGGCAAGAAUGAGAAUAGCAGGGAUGGAAUUGCUCACAUUGUGAAGUAACCACUUCUUCAUCAUAUUGGUACUCUGAAACAAACCUUAGUGUAGCUAUCAAAGCUUUCACAAGCCUAAUAUGCUUGUAGCAGAUGGUAGUUUGUUGGGCAAACAGCCAGUGGGCUCUCACACAUUUCUGGUAUCGCUUAUUCAAUGAAAGUCUGUUUCUGUUUUUAAUUUGAUUAUUGAAACGUUCAAAGAAACCUAAAUUGAGCUAUCGUGUCUCUACUGGCUACUCAUAUUUUUGUAUCAUUACUGAUAAGUUUCCAUUCAUAUCAUUGACAAGAGUCCUUGUAGCUCAAGCUUCCAGAAGAGAAUUCACACUGUACUGUACUCUUACCUUGUAAAUGUUGCAUUGAAAAAUAAUAACUUGCACACUGAGGUCAUUCUAGCAGUAAUAAUACAGUAUGCAAUGCUAUGAGGGAAAUGUAGGGUUAGGAGAUUACUCUGUAUCUUGCUCUUCAGACUGAAUGACUGGCUGUGUUUAAUUAAUUGGAACAUGCUUGUUCUUGUGGCAUGAGAAAGAGAGUUGCAGCCUUCUACUUUGUAGGGUCCAGUUAAAAGAUUUGUGGGACUCUGUCAUGUUAGACCAAGGAAGAGACAUCUAGCUGACAUCUCUAGCUGAGUUGAGAUAGUGAGUCAUUGAUUACACGAGAAAAAGGGAUGAGAGAGGAGGUUUGGAAAUCGAAAUAAAUGAGGGAUGCAAUUCUGAAAUUUCUUCCUCAAUGUGCAACUUUUAUCACUUUGUCAAUAAUUCUGGAAAACCUGGUGGGAAGGAGGAAUAGUGAAGUGUAUAUUUUCAUACAUAAAUAGAUUUGGUUCUGGCCUUUUUUCUAUGACAAACGUUAGCAGGCUGAUCUCUCUUUGCAACAGUUCUAGUCAGGUGCAAGAUAACUGGAACAAAUGCUGUGAGAGUCGUCGGGCUUGGGAGUGGGGAGAAGAAAGCAGUCUAAGUAGUACAUGGUAAUGAUCUGAAUUUAUGGUACAGUAAAAAUCUCUCAAACUUUUUGUUACAGUUGUUGUCCUGAUUAUGCCAAAACUAAUUUCUGGGCAUGACUCAGAUGGUCCAUUUAACAAAGAAAUGGAUACAGAGGAUCUCCUAGCUCUGUAUUGGGCUUUAAAAUACAAAUGCCUGUCCUAUCAUCUCUUACAGUAUGUAUUCAGAAGAAAAUGUAUUCUUCCCUAGAGUUAUUGGUCCCUAUAUCUAUGUAAUCAGGAAAAGCAUGGAUAUGUCAGUUCCUAGACAUAAUCGUAUACAUUUUAGAUCGAAGUUCUUUCCAACCAAUAUAAAUGCUAAGAUUCCUAUGCUAAAAUCCUGAGAUUCUGAAGAAAUGCUAUUCAUAUGUUUCUGGCUGGCUGAAGCUGUAAUUAUUAAUUUAUUUGGGGGUGGGAGGGAGGAAAAACAUGGAUUCCUGAAAAAAUCAUGAUUUCCUAAGUUUAAAUGUAUUUUAGCAACAAUUAGAAUAAGAGUAAAUAUGUUCUUAAAUGUAUCUUUUAUAUGUAAUGAAGUACUGUGAAGAUAACAGUAAAACAGCACUUUGCUGUGGUGUAAGUAUUAAUCUAAAAUGUGUUAUGUGAUUAAGAGCCAGACAGCAGGGUGUGCUAGAACAACAGAGCUAUUGCUUAUUGUAAAGAAUCUGAGAAUUUUUUUAAUUUUAUUUUAUUUUGUGCAUGAAAUCCUUUUUAUAAGCAUGAAAGAAAUAACUUAUAUUUUUGAAUGCUAUUUUUACUUGAUUUCGUAUCUGGAUUUUUUUUUUCCAAUUUAGAUAUUUGAUUUCUUUCUCAGCCUCAUUCUGUGGAUGAAUUCUAACUUGGUGAUAAGUUGGACACUUUUUUUUUUUCUAAGAUGUUAAAUUCAGUUAGAAGCCACGUACUUAAAGCUGCAUGACACUUGAUUUUUACCCUGACAGCUGCAGCAGGAGCAAUGAAACAAGAAUAGCCCUUGCACCAAAAGGGUUGCAACCCAGUCCUUCAGACCCCAAUCCAAAACUUCUGUGCCCAUGUAAUGCCUCUUUGAAAUCAAUGGGGUUCCAUGCAGGCACAGAGCUCUGUCCACCCCGAGUUCAUUGCAGACUCAUCAGCAUUGUCUUUAUUCAUACAGUUUUAACCAAAAGUAACUUCUGUUUGGGUCUACUCUUUAACACUUGUGUAUGAAGGUAUUUUGAUCAUAUAUUUAAAAUACUAAUGGUUAACAAAAUCCCUAGUUGGGCUGUAGAUUGCUGAUAUUUAGUUAAUAUUCAAGUACCAGUGCUUCAAGGCUUUCUCCAGAAAUGGGUAUGAAUGUUUAUGGAAGUUUUGGAUGGUCUCACUCCCUAGUGUCAACAGUUCGAGGGCAUCCCAUUACCAGCCUUAGGAAGCAGAACUGCAAAUAGAGCCACCAGCCAGCAGUUACAUGUGAUUUGUGGGUGUUGGAGGGCUCCUUUGGCCCCCACCACCCACACACUUUCAAGAGGAGGGGGCUGAACGUUUGUGUGUGUGUUUUUGAAUACCAGCUUACUACCUCUGGAGCACGCCCAACUCCUGAAGGCCCAGGGCACACAGGCCCAAGCUUGGUCCUGAACACUGAUAUCUGUCACUAGGCCUUCACCCCAGUCCCAGACUUCCAUUUUGCCUCCCCUUAUUUUGCGUGUCCCUGCUCCGUCCCCUCCUGGGUUUUUUCGCUUUGUUCCAUCCCUUUUGCCUUCCGUUCUUUGUUUCUCUGUCCUCUCUUAAGAGCCUGCCUGUGCUGCUGCUCCUGCACUCCGUAGUAUUCCCCCCAUUUGUGUCAGCAGGAUCAGCUGAAACUUAAACUCUGAUGCUCUUGCUGGGCCAUUAGGAAUACAUUAGGUUCUUUCUCAUCUGUCCACCUAAAGUCACUUGUCUGUAAAUUCAAGUCAAGCUUUUUUUCUUGCCAUAUUUUGCUUAUUAACAAACCUUCCAAAAGUGUUAGUAGUAAAUGAAUAGAAAUGUAGAAAGUUGUUGGGCCUGAUUCUCCAUUGUCUUGCACUUUAGGUCUUCAUUUACACUAGUGUAAACACUCAACUCAGAGCAAGUACUGUUUGCACUCACUCUGAGGUAAAGGUACAGGCCAGUUCUGACUAUUUGAAUUAAAAAUUUAGGUCUCACCUGACCUCCCGAAUAAAUUGUUAUCACAUUUUCUUUAUCUGGACGUGAGUUAAUGUAACACCUGUAAAGCUCAUAUGUUUCCUUUCCAGUGUCUGAGAUAGUGGGAUUAGCACACAAUUUUACCUGCAUUUUGGAAUAUUCAGUUACAAGUCAGCAUCACAAACACCAAUCAGCAUGGUAUAUUUUGAAGGUUUUGGUUAUCUGUCUGUUUAGUUUGGGGGGGGGUAGAGGGAGAGUUUUUGAAUAUUAAAUAAAAUCUUUUAUGGUACAUGAAGCAUUCAGAAAUGCUGAAAAUAGCUGAAAAAAGUGUUUUCUCCAUUGCCUUUAGUGUAUGUGUUUUUUUGAAAAGGGAGUAAAUCUUGGGUUUUCAUGAGAUCUUUCAGUUGGAAGCAACCUAUACUACUUUAUUCAGGUUCUUACACAGCAUGCAUCACUGUAGUAUCUGAUUUAAGUUUCUCACUCCCUUUUUUUCGUUUUGUGUCCGUGUCAAGAGGAUUCAUGUCUUUUUAGCUGUUAUACUUACAGAGCAUGAGGUGUACUCAAACUUCCCAAUGAAGUUUCCCUCUUCCGUUUCAAUAUCACAUCCUUUCUGGUGUCAUACUUAUCCCCACUUGUACUCUUUAAAAAAAAAAAAACCCAAAACCCUACAAAAUGACUCAUAGCUAUAGUCUGUGCAAGCUUGAGCCCUACAAUAGCAAGGUCUUGCUAGGACAAAAGUGAAGUGUAUUAACUGAACUGUGAGGGGAAGUUAACUCAUACCUAUAUGUAUCUAUAUCUGCUUCAAGUCUGCAAUAAUCCCUCACUUUCAAACCUACUAACUUCACAAACUGCAAAGCAAAGAUAAAAAAGGAGAGACACAAUGGUAUGUUUUCUUUAAAAAGAGAAGUAUUAGAGGAGUAAUUCACCUGAAAAAUGAGCCACGUAGGAAAAUUAUUUGGCGUAUUUAUAAUACAAGACUUGUGAUAUGUAAAAGUAAGAGGAGGCAAAAAUAUUUACAGUUAGGAAACCAACUUGUGGGUGAUUUCAGUUUAAGUUCUUUAUACGGUUUGUGUUAAUCAACUUCCCUUAUGAUUAAAAAAUAAAUGUAGACGGCUGUUUCUACUGCACAUAAAUAUGAAAACUGUAUAGUAUAGAAAUACUGAAGAGAAUUGAAGUCAGGUGUGUGGUGGGUAAAAUAUCCAUGUACAGUAAUUAAAAAUUUAGGAAAGACCAAUUAAAAUGUAUUGCUUCUGACAAUGUUUUUGAGGAGCUGACUACUAAAAGUGAGAUGAAUCUUGGCAAAUAUUUGAAAAUAUGGCUCCCAGAUGUCUAUAGAAUGUGUCUGAUGAACAUUCCAAAUCAUGCAGUAUUAAAAUGAGAAAAUGCAUUUAA